AUGUGCGACCGUGACUGGGUCAACUUAGCCCUGGCCGACGACUCCAUCGUCGCCGACACUCUCCUCCGUUUCAACCUCCCUCAACCACCGCCACCACCACUUCAUCUCCACUGGACCGUCCGCCAACCUCGCUCCCGGUUCCUCCCAAAGCCUGACGUCACGAGAGCCAGCCCCACCACACCACUUACAUGGAGCGCCGCCGCCACCUCUGCCAGUGAAGAAUCUAGCCUCCCAACAAAACUCACCAAAACAUCAAGAUCUAAGGUCUGUAAUCAAAAGGAAACAGUUACUACCAAAAACUCGAAAAGAAAAAAGACUUUAGCUGAAUUAAGAGAGGAGGAGAGUUUGUUGUUGAAAGAAAGGAUAAACUUGAAAAAUGAACUGGUGUCUUUGCGUCUCACUGUCGAAAAAGAGAAAGCAACAAAUGAAAGAUUGAAGAGAAUGAAGCUUGAUUUUGAUUCACAACAUAACACUAAUACAGCUACUAUCUCUGAGAUUUGUAAGCAAGAACCUAAAUUUGUUCUCCCAGACCUAAACUUGUAG